AAAUGUUCCAGCUAAGGUUUUGUGGUACUUUCCCUUAAAACCAAGGUUAAGAAUGUUGUAUAUGUGCUCUGAAACUGCUGAACAAAUGAUAUGGCAUGAUACAAAGCGUCCAAGGGAUGGUAAGAUAAGACAUCCGGCCGAUGGUGAAGCGUGGAAGAAAUUCGAUUCACUUCAUCCUAGUUUCAGAAAAGAAAGCAGGAAUGUGAGAUUAGGGCUUGCAAGUGAUGGAUUUAACCCAUUCCGAACGAUGAGUAUUGCGCAUAGACCACAAUCUCCUGGAAAUGAUAUCGAUGUGUUUUUGCAGCCAUUGAUAGAAGAUUUGAAGGAUUUGUGGACUGAAGGUAUUGAGACAUAUGAUAAAUUUAGAGACGAGACAUUUAGAUUACAUGCUGCAUUACUUUGGACAAUUAGUGACUUCCUCGGUUACUCUAUGCUCUCUGAUUAUAAAACCAAAGAGAAGAAAGUCUCGGGAUAUAAGAGCCAUGAUGCUCAUAUUAUGCUGCAUUUCUUGCUUCAAGUAGCAAUAAGGAGAUCUUUGCCUAAACAUGUUGCCAUCCCUUUAAUUAGGCUGGGUUCAUUUUUUCAAAAAGUAUGCAGUAAAGUGUUAUCAACAUCAGAGCUUGAUCAGUUAGAGCUAGAAAUCACUGAAGUAUUGUGUGACCUUGAAGAAAUAUUUCUGCCAUGUUUUUUUGAUAUUAUGCUACAUUUACCAAUUCAUUUAGUGAGAGAAAUUAGGUUUGGUGGACCUGUGCAUUAUCGGUGGAUGUAUUUCAUGGAGCGAUAUCUAUGCAAAUUGAAGACUUAUGUUCGUAAUAGAAGUCGCCCCGAAGGUUCUAUAGCAGAAGGGUACCUGAUUGAAGAAUGCUUGACAUUUUGCACACGUUAUUUAAAGACGGGUGCAAACAGAAAGCUACAUACUGCCCCAAAUAACCCUAAGCAGGAUGCCAAUGAUGAUUUGACAAUUUUCAAUGUCACGGGCAUUCCACUUGGUGGAAUGAAAAGAAGAAAAGGAAAGUCAUUUACCUUGGAUGAUAAAACAUCUAAACUGGCACAUCGUUAUGUUUUACACAAUUCAGAUUCCCAAGAAUUAGAAGAUCUGAUCCGUGAACAUCAAGAUGAGGUCUCGAGAAGCAAAAAACGAACCAGAUGGGCAACAGAUCUCAACCGCAGUAAUGAAUUUACAUAUUGGUUAAAGGAUAAAGUAUCAUAUCAAACUGUGUCUGACAACAUUUUCUGGUUAGCUAAAGGCCCAUGUCCAAGUGCAAAGAGAUAUUCUGGAUAUCUUGUGAAUGGUUAUCAUUUUUAUACAAAAGGUCGUGAUGAAAGAUGCAAAACUCAGAAUAGUGGUGUGACUUUAACAGCUAUGACCAAUAGUUUUGCCAGCUCUAAAGACAAUAAUCCAAUCAUUGGUGAUGUUGUUUACUAUGGUGCAGUAUUAGAUAUAAUUGAAUUAAAUUAUUGGUCAAAGUUCAAGAUUGUGUUGUUCAGAUGUGAAUGGUAUCAAGUUGAGAAAGAUGACUACGGGCUCACAUGUGUUAACUCCUCAAAAUUUUGCUCUUUAGAUGAUCCUUUUGUCCUUCCAUCUCAAGUGAAUCAAGUUUUUUAUGUGUCAGAUCCUAUUAACAGUGACCUAUGCUAUGUCAUGGAAAGAAUUCCUAGAAAUUUCUUUGAAGUAGAGACACAAAUUAAUGAAGAUACACAAAAUAACUACUGGCAGGAGCCUAUAGAUCAUCGAGUUCAGUCUUUUCCCUGUGUUGUUUUGGAUGACAUCUAUCUGGCUAGAGAAGACCUUGCUCCAAUCAUUCUGGAUGCUGAAGCAGAGACUGUGAAUGUUGGUCAAUCAAGCACUGCAGUUGAAAAUGAAUCUGAAGAAGAAGAAGAUGACACACUAUGGGAUUGGAUGCAUGCUAGUGACGAAGAAGAUUAUUAACUUUGCUUUGCCCUUUUUCUAAUCUUAGCAAUAUCUUGAUUUUUUUUCUCUAAUUCACUUUUGCCUUUCUUUUUAUAUAAGAUGCUUUAUCUUGAUUGGUUUUAGCUAGAUUUCAACCAUUAGACUGGUAGACUAUUUGGUGUUAAGCUUAUCGAGUAAGACUCUAAUUUUCCUUGCUGCAUGUACUAUUUUUGAGCAUCCUUGAAGUAUAUUACAAUUUCUUUGCAGGUAAGAUAUGGAUUUAGUGCUGUUUUAUCUUUAAGCAAGCAAAUUUCUUCAAUGAUUUGUAUGUUUUGUGAACAACAAUGAGUUGUGAGCAUGACAUCACCCUCUAUGCAGUGUUAGGGAUUUCUUUUGGACUAAUAAAAGAAUGUAACAUAAGGUGGCAACCAAAAUAUAAAGUAUAAGUGUGUUUCAGGUAAUGGACAAAGUCAACAACAAAAGUAUUGCUAGAAACAUAGCAAAGAAGAGAACAUCGGUUGAGUGUGAAAGAACGUUGACAAACUAUGAGAUGCAACGGGAAGAACAAAUUGAGCUGAACAAGGAAAGGAUGCGCCAAUUGAAUAUUCCGCUUAUCUCUGAAUCACUAUCAAGUUUGGUGGACAGCAAAGGUACGAGAAAGAGAAAGGACAAGCCUAGAAAUGAUCCUAACUAUGAUCCUAAUGAAGAAAUCAAUUCUUUAGAGGUCACAGAAAGGGUAAGCAUGGUGAAGAAGAAAAAGCAAAAGUGCAUUGCACCAUUAUCACUUCACAGGGUUCUAAGGGACAAGAGACCUCAAGGAAUGUCAGCAUAUAAACCAAUGGACCAAAAUCAAUCUCAGAAAAAGGUCACAACAUACGAUGUGCCUAACAAUGAUGUUCCUGUGAAGAAAGUUGCGCAUAACAAUGUUAUUCCAAAACAAUCUACAGAGAAUAAAAAAAAAGAGUCCACCAUGUCAUGCAGUUAUCAAUAUGGCUGAGUUUUUAAGGAAAAAAUGUGAAGAGCCAGGGUCAAAAGUUCAUUCUGAAUUUGAAAAUCAUAACCGCCAUCUUGAAAAUAACGUGCAAGAGGAUAUUGGUAUUGAUGCGUGGACAGAUGAAGAGAUUUUUGAUUUCUAUGAAGAUUUCGGUGGAGAGGAAGGUGGUGACAAAGAUAUAGAAGAGAAUAUUAGCGAUGCUAUGAUUGAUGAACACAUUGAAGAUGAACAAAAUGACGGUCUGAGUGAACAAGUGGAGCUUGAACAUGAGGUGACAGGUGGUGAGAUACAAAAAAGAUCACAUGAUUCGGAAAGAACAAAAAAAACUAGGGGUCCUACAAUGAUGCAUGCAGUGCAUAUGCGAGAACAUCGUGUAUGCAUCAUAUUAAAUAAGUUUGGUCAGCCAAUUGGACCGGAUGAUGCUACACUAGAUGAAUUCUCAUCCUUUUUGGGGACAAUCGCUCAUUGUUAUGAGUUUGCUCCAUUGGUAGUUGGAACUUGGAAACGUAUGCCGGACAAGAACAGCAUGUGGGACUAUGUACUAUCCAAAUAUGACGUUGACCUGAAUGGAAAAAAAUGGGUAUUGAGUACAAUUGGAUCAGCCUGGAGAGUUCACAAGUGUCGGUUCAAGGAAAAAUUUUGCUCACAGUACAAGGAUAAUAAGAGCAGAUGGAGUAAGCGGCCAAAAGAGAUUCCUGAAAAAGAUUUUCGAAUGCUCUUAAAGUUGUGGAAUUGUAAAGAUUACCAGCAACAAUGUAACCGUAAGAAGGCUAAUCGCGCUCUCCGAAAAGAUAACCCCACGACGGGUCGCAAGUCUUUUGCCAAACUUCGUGCAAAAUUGCAAACUACCCUUCCAAAUGAUGUUGACAUACCAUUAUCAACUAUGUAUGAAGUCACACGCAAAAGAACUGAGGGGCGUCAAUAUAAAAGUUCAUAUGAAGAUACUGCCACAAAAAUUAUUGAAAUGAAGAAUUAUGAGGCAGAAAAUAAUGAAGAAGGUGAAGCUGCAAUUGAUGGGUAUGCUGCAAUUAUGUCAAAGGAGAAAAGUGGUGGUCCAAUAAUGUGUGGAAGAGGUGUCACCAAGAAAGACCUUGUUAAUACAAAAGAGACCGUACAGUCGUUAUUCAUGACUUCUAAUGAUAUGGAGACAGUCAUGAGCACUUUGAGAAAGGAGAUUGAAGAAAAAAAUGAGAAAAAGGAUGCCGAGAUAGAACAAAUGCGGAAGGAGC